AUGGAUGUAAAUCAAACAGACGAAGAAGAAUGCACCUUGGAAACUCCAAUGAAGCGUUUUACCCCAAAUGACAAGCCACCAGUCGAUAAGUUUCAUCUUCCAAUCACCAUGUUAAGGCUUAUUCCAAGAAACUCAAAGGUUUUAAAGCAAUAUCUUGCUCUCACCAAUGAUCUUCCCAAACCAAAUAUUGACACCUGUGUUGUUGUUGUUGUAUACUUACCCUCAAGUGAAAUUUCACUGGCUGUGGAAGGAUCAGUAUCAACAACUCUCAAGAGAAAAGUAGUCGAAGUCCCUCCUACUACUAUUACGAAGACCAAGACUGUGGUAUCUAAGUUUAGUGGUAUGAAAUUCAUGAUUCUUUAA